AUGUCUGACGAAGGCCGUGCUCUCGAGGACCUCAUCUCCCUGCCCACCAUCCCUAGGGAGGCUGGACGCAAGAUCGCCCAGCUGGAGCAGGAGUUUGUGCGCGCCGAGAUUGAGCAGUUGCGCAAGCAAAUCCCCGCCCUGCGCCCCCUCUACGCCAAACGCAAUGAACUGGCAGCCUCCAAGGAGCUCCAAGAAGCCGACUUUUGGCCACGCGUGUUCGCCAACGCGCCGCAAGAAGUCGACGAGUACAUUCUGGCCACAGACGCCGCCGUCAUCGGGCAGUGUCUCCGAAACCUGACGGUCGAGCGGUUCGAGGUCGACGACCAGGGCAACGGCGGAGACCCGCGUAGUGUUCGCUUUGUGUUUGAGUUUGCUUCGGGUGAUGAGAACCCUUAUUUUUCAAACACAAAACUCGUCAAGGAGUUUUAUUAUCGCAAGAGUGUGACCAAGACGGAAAAAGGGAAGCGUCGUGUCUGGGAUGGCUAUGUCUCGGCCCCCGUGCGUAUUAAUUGGAAAAAGGACCAGGAUUUGACAAAGGGGUUGCUUGAUGCUACGUGCGAUUUGUAUGAGGCGGAGCAAAAGGAUACCAAAGUGAACCGUGUCAAGUUGCCAGAGUAUGAGAAGCUGGUGAAGAAGCUUGAGCAGGUUGAGGCCGAGGCCUUUGCCGGUGAUGAGGACGACGAGGCGGAUGAUGACAGCGGUUUGGCGGCGAGCAGCCCCGCUGGUGUCAGUUUCUUUGCCUGGUUCGGAUUCCGCGGCGGAAACGCGACUGCUGAGCAGUCGGUUGCCGCAGAGAAGGAGGAGUUGGAGCGGUGGCAGAAGAUUGAAAAGGGGGAGAAGGUUGAGGAUGAUGAUGAUGAUGACGAAGAGGAUGAGGAUGAGGAUGAUGACUACGAUGAAGAAGAAGAUAGCCUCGAGGCUGCCGAGGUCUUCCCCGAUGGAGAAGAGGUCGCCAUCGCCUUGGCCGAGGAGCUCUGGCCCAACGCUCUCAAGCUUUAUGUUCAAUCGUAUGAAGACAUUGACGACUUUGACGACGAGAUGGACAUUGAGUCGAUCGACGAGGACGAGGAGGAGGCUGACCUGCCUCCCUCCAAGAAGGUCAAGACCUGA